AUGCUAAAGCUUCACAAUGAAUGCAGAAGUAAAACGGCUAAAGAAGAUCGGGCUGCUGAUAUGAUGAAAAUGAGAUGGGAUUACACUGCAGCCAAUGUUGCUCAAAAAUGGGCAGAUCAAUGCAAAUGGCAACACAGUAGUAGUAAAUAUGGAGAAAAUCUAUUCAUUUCUUCAGCACAAGACAUCUAUAAGGUGAUUGGCCAGGCUGUUAAUUCUUGGUACAACGAAAAAAAAUAUUAUAAUUACAACCAUUGCUCUUCUGAUUGCAUUAAGAAAUGUGGUCACUUUACACAGGUUGUUUGGGCCAAAUCAUCUCGAUUAGGAUGUGGAAUACGAAAAUGUAAUAAAGUGAUUGGCACCAGCUUCACAAACUCAUAUUUUGUAGUAUGUAACUACUCUCCAGCUGGGAACAUGGUGAAGGACAAGAUUCUCGGGAAACCUUAUACAAAGGGUGAACCUUGUUCCGAAUGUCCUGGUUACUGCACCUCAGAAUCACUUUGUAGAAAAAUCUCAACAAAAAGGACGCUGUAUGACUUUCUGUCAAGAACUGCGGAUACAGAAAGUGACUGGAAUGAAGAAAAAGACGAGGAUUUUGGAGUUCAAUACAAAGACUAA